AUGCGAGACUUCCCAUCGCUAGGUUCAGAACCUGAGUCAUUUAAAAAAGCAAGGGAUCACAUUGUAGAAAAAGCUCCAAGGAUCAAACAUCACUGGUUGAGGCUAUAUGACACCGCUGGAUGCCCUUCCAUAUCCACAAUUUCCGUUUUACAAUGCUUUGAAUCUCCCAACCAAUCCGCUUCUUCCAUAUUCAUUGAUACCAGCAAUACAUGCGAUGCGAAUUCAAUCACCGCAGGUGCUUAUGACCGAUAGUUCAGAUCGUAA